UGCAUAAGCCACUCCUGCCAAGGCCGUCUCCUUUCCAAGCUAAUGGACUUGUCGACUUUACCUCCGUCGUUCAAUGAAUUUCUCAAAAUCAACGACGUCGAUCCAGUCAUUUACACUGUAAAAGAUUUGCCAAGGUUUGUUCGAUGGAACACCCGAUUUCCCAAAUCUGAAUUGCCUUCAGCCGAAGAACUCCAACAACAGUUGAGAGCGCGGAAAGUGUCGCCUGUCAAAGGUGUUGAAGGAUUUUUCGGUAUCCAACUUGGCGAAAAUUUACCCGACAGUGAAAGCGAGAGUGACACGAUGCAGAAUACACGAAUUGUUGAUAUACCAGCAUACCGUGAAAACAAAAUAUUCGGAAUUGAUCUCAGUUCUGGUCUCGCUGUACUAGCGCUACAAGUUCAGCCCAAUGAUCACGUACUCGAUUUGUGCUGUGCUCCAGGCGCAAAGCUCUGUAUGAUCUCGAAUAUCAUAGGCUCAGAGGGAACAGGAACGGUCACAGGCGUGGAUAUCUCACCCCAUCGAGUUGCAACAUGCAGGUCUCUUGUGAAGCGAUAUCAGGUCGCUGAACGUGUUCGACUGUUCAAUGCUGAUGGCACGACAUUUAAGGUAUAUGCUCCAUCUCGAUUAGGAGCGCGAGUGAUUAGAGAGGCAGAUGGUGAGAAUCCAGACCGCAAACGACAGCAAAUCAGCCAGGGACAGACUGCAGAGUCUUCCAAACCUGCCAGCAUUAAACCAUUUUACGCGCCAAAAAUUUUACGAUUUGACCCGCAAAUGCAAGGAGAGGAAUAUCUGUACGAUAAGGUUAUUGUCGAUGCGGAAUGUACCCACGACGGAUCCAUCAGUCAUAUAUUAAAGUAUCAAACUUGGGGAUGGGAUGCUUUUGAAAAAAACUUUAUGGACCCAGACCGAUUACGGGAUAUCUGUCAAUUACAGCGAAACCUCAUAGAGUCAGGCUGGUCAUUACUGGUAGACGACGGCAUUUUGGUAUAUAGUACAUGCAGUCUUUCGGUACGACAGAACGAAGAAAAUGUUGCUUGGUUUUUGCACAAGUACGGCGAUGAAGUGGAGUUGGAAAGUAUACCCAACAUCCAUAAUGUGGGCAUCAAAGCAGCACCGACCAAGCAAGGCUGGACGGUCCCAAACAUGACGGACGAGCAGAAGCGGGGUCUCCAAGCGUCCAUUGAACGCUGCUGUGUGCGAUUUGACCCAAUUACCAGUGCGACCAGUGGCUUUUUCGUAGCUCGAUUUAGGAAGGUACGCAAGAGGCUGGAAAGGAAGGACCAUAGCAAUACUAUAGCACCCAUCCACAAUCGCGCGGAGUAGGUGAUGGUAGCCUUAAAUCGAACACUGGGAUACAUUUUAUCACACAUCUUGUUAAGAUUGUGAACAGGUUCAGAGCCGCUAACAACGUGUGCUGAAUCGUACUGUGUGGGUGGGGGUCGGAGUAUGGUUGGCCUUUUGCUAGGUCUAGCGAAGUUUGAAAUUUGAAGUUCCUGCCAUGUUAUUCGUUACUGAUGAUCGGCACAAUGACAAACUAUGUUCCUAGAGCUUGCCUUAAUUUUCAAGUGUAUAAAAAAAUUCUUGUACAUAAAUUCAUAAAUUCAUUAGCCACCACAAAUAAAUAUUGAUUGCUUUGUCAGUAA